AUGGCAUUCCGGAAGCUCAAGUCUCAUUGGAAACCAAGCAAGCAAGUCAAGCUUAUAGUAGCUACGCAAGCCUUCGUUUGCUUCUUUGUGGCGUUGGACUCCACUAUACUCACGACUACACUACCGACACUCUCGAAAGCAUUGCAUACAAACACCACCCAGACUUUCUGGAUUGCGACCUCGUACCUCUUGACCUCGGCAGUUUUUCAACCACCUAUAGCUGCUCUAUCAGAUAUCUUCGGUCGUCAAGCACUGUUUCUUCUGGCAAUCAUUUUGUUCACCAUUGGGUCGAUCGUCUGCUGCGCAUCACACGGUAUAGUCAGCAUGCUCAUCGGUCGUUCCGUCAAAGGCAUCGGCGGUGGCGGUAUUCUAUCGCUCAAUUUGAUCAUUUUGAGCGACAUCAUCCCUCUCCGCCAGAGAGCACAAUACCAGGGCUAUCUACAGCUCUGUUUCGCUCUCGGAAGCAACAUUGCACCCGUGAUCGGAGGGCUUAUCGUUGAAAGGACUACCUGGCGGUGGCUUUUCCUGAUCAACCUGCCCUUUUGUGCGAUAUCGUUGGCCACAGUGCCAUUCAUUAUACGGUACUCCAGACCCAAGACAACAAUCAGAGAUCGACUGCUUUCCAUCGACUGGGCAGGAAUCACGAUGAGCACCACGAGCACAACAUUGUUCUUGAUCGGCAUCAGCUGGGGUGGCACUGAGUACUCCUGGUCCAGUGCUGCAACACUCUGCCCUCUCAUAAUCGGACUAGCAGGAGUGUUAUGCACCAUCAUCUACGAGAUGAAGUUUGCUCGGAUGCCGUUCCUUCGGACAUCACUCUUUCACAAUCGGUCGGCUAUCGCUGCAUAUGUCUGUACCAUGCUCAUGGCAUUCAGUGUCUAUGCAACGCUCUACUAUCUGGUUCUCUGGCUGCUGGCGGUCAAAGAGAUGUCGGAGAUCAUGGCAGGGGUGUGCAUCUUUCCAUUAGGAAUGACUGUGGUACCCAUCAGCGGCAUAACUGGCGUCCUCAUCACACGUCUUGGUCGCUACCAGUGGGCUGUGUGGGCGGGAUGGGUGAUUGCUACUCUCGGCAUCGGUACAUUGGUCUUACUCGACCAGGACACAUCGACUGUCGCAUACGUCUUCAUGUUCGUAUGUGCAGGUAUUGGUCUUGGCCUACUGAUGAACUCGCUGAGCGCAGCCGUCCAAGCCAUCUCACACACGAAAGACGUGGCAUAUGCCUCUUCCAUGUUUGCAUUCAUGAGAAGUCUUGGUCUGUGCUUGGGUGUUUCCAUCGGCGGUACGAUCUUCCAGAACUUCUUGCGUCAACGCCUGGAACACUACGGGCUCUCGACAGAACUCGCAGAGAAUGCUGAGGUAUAUGUCUCUUUACUGCGGUCCACGCCCUCAUCGCCGCACAAGAUAUUGUUGAAGGAGAUUAUCAAUUGGGCAUUCAGGAUGCUGUUCGCUACAUUGUGUGGUAUCUGUGGGCUUGGGCUGACCAUAAGUGUUUUAAUCGGCAAGUACUCCUUGGACAAGGAGCUGGACUCACAACAUGUCAUUGUUCAGAGCGAGUCUGAGUCUGAAGGAAAGCGGGAAGUUUCUGAUUCUUCUGUUGUAGUGGCCUGA